UUUAGUUAAUGAUCACUUCGUGAGAAUAGCCUUGCAUAAUAGAAGAGCGCGCGGCGAAAGUUGCAACGAACUGAUAAAAUAUUGAUGGGGAUGUCAGUCAACGGGCACGCAGCCAGAGGCAGUCGCGUAACGCAGCCGCACAAUGCUCGAAGCAUGCGCAGCCUAAAGUUCACGUUCGAGGUGUUGACGCUGACGGGGAUGUGGCUGCCGUCGCAUUGGCAAUCGGAAAGAUUGAAGAGAAUCUGCUACCACGUGUACACCAGCGUCGCGGUAUUCGGCACUUACACGCUCGUUGCCCUGCAGGUCCUUCUUCUCGUCAGCAGCGAAUUCAACGUGAACAUGUUCGUUGACAUAAUGUUCACGCUGUUAACUGCCAUAUCAAUAUGCUUCAAAGUCGUUCAUUUCAUUGUGCGGAAAAGCAAAGUCACUCAACUGGACGAAAUGCUGUUCGAAAGCUUUUGUUUACCGAGGAACCAGGUCGAAAUGGAAAUUCAACGGAGGACUGAUUUGUUCAUUAAGAAUUUUACGAUAAUAUUCAACGCACUCGGCCAAGCGACGCUUUUCUGCUUUAUGAUAACGCCUUUACUGCAAGACAAAUCGACGCGAAAUUUGCCAUUUCGCAUGUGGCUGCCCUACGAUCUUCGUGACGAUUGGAGCUACUGGAUAACUUACGUCUUCGAGGUCGUGCCGUUGGUCGUUGGUGUCUUGCUGAACGUAACGACUGAUGUGAUCGUCAGUGGCUUUGUUCUUCAAGCGUGCACCCAAUUGGACUUACUCAGAUGUAGACUCGACGAGUUUCCCGAUUUGGUCGAACGUGCUAUUCUGAGUGGGCAAACGACGCAAUACAUCGAACGGAAAUUAUUGCAACAGGCAGUGAUACAUCACGACUUUAUAAUUAGAUUUUCCAAAAAGGUGACCAACACCUUCGACGUGAUCAUCGUCGAGCAGUACUUGGCUAGCGUUCUUCUCUUUUCCGUCAUUGUCUAUCAAUUCACUUUGAGAGACAUUUCGGUAAUACAGAGGAUCAUGGCUGUAGGAUAUAUCAUCUGCAUGACUGGAGAAAUGUUUGCCUAUUGCUGGUUUGGCAAUGAGAUCACUUUGAAAGUAAGAGCCGCAUCUGCACGAUUCUUUCUUCUGUUUUCAAAGAAAAAGUAUUUCCGAGUGACGUUUGCGCGGAAAGAACUUUUUUUGAAAAAGAUACACUUGUUGGGCUUUCAGAGUAUGGAUUUAGGAGAGUACGUUUACUUGAUCAAUUGGAUGACGCUAAGUAAGAAGGCAAAUAAAGCAUUGAUGUUCAUCAUGAUGAGAGCAUCGCGACCUAUCAUUAUGAGCUACGGCGAUCUCGUUGUUCUUAACAUCGACUCCUUCAAAAGUAUAAUGAAAAUCACUUACUCGGCUUUCAACGUUUUGAAAGAAUCUGGAGGAAAGUAAAAUAACCACUUUUCAAAAUUCAAAAGUUUACAUUUCUUAUGAAGGUGUUUUUAUUAAAAAUCUCUG